UUCUCGAAGGCGCACGUACAAGCAUCGUGGUGACACUCUGAGCACAGGCCCUCUAAGACAAGCGUGCGGGCCGCGGCACCGAGCGCAGAGGGUUAGCAAGGGCUGUAUGCAACGCUGGGGUUCAAGGUUCUGAAGGGACUCGUGAGUCAGGGUGUGACCAUGCUCGUGAAGCAGUGAAUCGAGCGCGCUGUGGAACGCCAGGAAGUAGUAGAUGGGAAGGACGCGCACGAGCGCACAUCACUGAAUUUUUUGAGCGACAUCGAGGCACAUAUCUUGCUCAUGUGCUUGUCUCAGACACUGUAUGGUCUGAGAACAAAUACACCUCGCACAAACACUCACAGUGCCCAUUGGGUGCUGCGGCUUCCCGUCAUCGUCAGUGAUAAAUCCCCCAACUGGAUGUCGACCUACCGCAGCAUUGCUAUCGCAUGCUCAGGUGGUCUUCUCAGCCUGCUAACAAACUUACAUGUGACAUUCAUCGUCUCUUCACAUGCUUCAUUACUUGCUCAUUACCGCAGCAACAUCGGGCUAGGUGGAUGCUGCGGUCGUUCGAGACCCGGUUCGGAAAUGAAUUGCGGAUAGGUUGGAAUACAUAAAGCCGCCGCGAGCGAGAAUGCAUCCCCAAUGGACUCCUUCCGUCACUCCUUUGACAGAUGAGGAGGCAACCCAGCCUGCUUGCAUGCGGCUUAGCCACUGUCAUGUGUCCAACGACUACUUUGUCGUGAGGGUGGCGUACCGCAUUGCUCGCAGUUCUUCUUUGGCAGCUGGGGCAGCCCCGCUUGGACGAGGUCAAGGGAGAAGCCCCGCCGCCCGCUGCAUCUGUUGCGUACCCGCACUGUAGUACUGAGGUCCUGGACGGUCGUUAUCGCGAAGAUUGCGAAGCUCUAAGCGUACAACGCUACGACUUCAGGCCUUCAGGACCCAUCUACCACAAUCGUGGGCGAGGAGCUGAUUUGGUCGAUGAAUCAACUGACUCCGUGGCACUUGAAAAUCAAUUACCCCAAACGCUGCGUUCACCUUGCAACGCAGCGACGCCACUCUCAAGCCCGACAGGGCCGGUGGCGAUAUAACGUACUCGUAGACUGCAUGAAUAUGAUGUCGU